GAUUUAGCUUUGUGAGGUCCAUUUUGGACUAUGUCCUCAACACCUCAUUGGUCCUGAAGACCCAGAUUGUGUUGCAGCCUCGUUUUGGGGUGCAUGCCUUGAGAUAAAAAGAAGCCAAGCCAACCGCAGCUGGAGGGAGGACGAGAGAAAUUUGGUAUACCAUGGGAGGAAGUGUAAUUCACUGGUUUCGCAAGGGGCUGAGGCUGCAUGAUAACCCUGCCCUGGUUGCAGCUAUCAAUUCUAAUCUUGAACUAUAUCCUGUUUUUAUCCUUGAUCCAUGGUUUGUCAAAAAUGCAAAGGUCGGCCAGAAUAGAUGGAGGUUUCUUCAGCAAAGUCUUGCAGAUCUUGAUUCACAGUUGCGAGUCCUUGGAACUAGGCUUUUUGUAUUGAGAGGUUCACCUGAGACAACAUUCAAGGAUAUUUUUACUAAAUGGAAUGUCAAAAAACUCACUUAUGAAGUUGACACUGAACCAUAUGCUAAAUUAAGAGAUGAAAAAAUAAACAAACUUGCAAAAAGUGAUAGUGUAGAGGUGAUAUCAAAGGUUUCUCAUACUCUGUAUGAUUUAAAAGAUGUUAUUCAACAAAAUAAAGGAUCCACUCCUCUUACAUAUCAAAAAUUUCAAAGUGUUAUUGCCAAGCUUGGACAACCGCAGAAGGCCACAGUGUCACCAGAACAUCUACCAGAGUCAGCCAAAAUAACAAACAAUGACAGAUUAAAAGAUGAGUUUUAUAACAUUCCUACACUAGAAGAGCUUGGUCUGAUUGAAACUGAGUUGGAACAAUGCAAAUUUCCUGGUGGAGAAACUGAAGGACUUAAUAGACUGGAUAAAUAUAUUUGUGAAGAAAAUGCUAGGUGGGUUAGAGCCUUUGAGAAACCAAAGACAUCACCAAAUAGCCUAUCACCAAGCACAACAGUUCUGAGCCCGUACCUUAAAUUUGGCUGUCUCUCUUCAAGGUUGUUCUAUGAAAAAAUAUGUGACAUAAAUCGAAAAGGAAAACAUUCAGAACCACCAGUUUCUCUCGUUGGCCAGCUCCUUUGGCGUGAAUUUUUCUAUACCUGUGGAGCAUCUGUUGAAAACUUUGAUAAGAUGAAAGGUAACCCUAUUUGUAGGCAGAUUCCUUGGGAAAAUAAUGAAGAAUAUUUGACUGCUUGGAAAGAAGGAAGAACAGGAUAUCCAUUCAUUGAUGCUAUCAUGACACAGCUUAGAAAGGAAGGCUGGAUACAUCAUCUUGCAAGGCAUUCUGUGGCGUGUUUUCUUACAAGAGGAGAUCUGUGGGUGUCAUGGGAAGAAGGUAUGAAAGUGUUUGAAGAAUACCUCCUUGAUGCUGAUUGGUCACUUAAUGCUGGAAACUGGAUGUGGCUAUCUGCAUCAGCAUUUUUUCACCAAUAUUUUAGAGUCUAUAGUCCAAUUGCAUUUGGAAAGAAAACAGAUCCUUCAGGGUCAUUUAUAAAAAAGUAUUUACCAAAUCUAGAAAAAUUUCCUGAAAAAUACAUUUAUGAGCCCUGGACGGCUCCUCUGGUUGUACAACAGAAAGCUGGAUGUAUCAUUGGUAAAGAUUAUCCAAAACCGAUUGUGGAUCAUGGCAUUGUUUCAAAGUUAAAUAUGUCUCGUAUGAAAGCUGUUUUUGAUGCUGCAAAGGGAAGAAAAACAGAGGCUGAAGAGGACAGUGGACAGCCACCAAAAAAGAAAGCAAAAGUUGAAAGUUCAAAGAAAAACUCUAAAAAUGCAAAGAUAACUAGUUUUAUGAAGAAGAAGUAGUUGGCAAAAGCCAAAUAUUUAAAACCAUAGUCUCCA